AUGAGCGAUGGUGUGACGAACUUCGCCCGAACGGCAAGCGGCCGCUUGUGCCCGCCGCCUGUGGAAGAAGUCGGCGGAAACGACAUCAUCGCUCAGCAACUCUUCCGCGCCCGCAUGAGCUCCCGCAGUCACGGUCCUUCCGCUUUCACCGCCGCUGCCAAUGGCGGCAGCUGCGGCAACAACAACAACAACAGUAACACUGACACCAACGCGACAUGCAAGAACUAUCACCGCGUCGUCAUUGACGGCGACGAUGGCGAUAGAGACUUUGCCAAGUGUGUGGAGCUCAUCGCCAACGUCAUUCGCGCGCGACAGGCGUACAAAAACUGCGACAAGGGCGAUGUAGAGAGCCGCUACGGCGCGGAGGAGCUCGACACGCUCGCAGUGUUCGCACAACCCGUUGAGGGACACGGGCUUACGUUUGAGCGUGGAGUGUGCCGCUUUAAGGGGAUGAAGACAAAGAUUGUGCCCUGGGAGACGUACGUGCGGGACGUCAAGGCGGUGUUCGGCGCCAUUGAGUCCGGCCCGUGCCUCUCCACCGCGAGAACGCGACUCACCACAUUGGCAGAGAAGUCGCAGCUCUACUCUCUGCUGAACGCUGAGACGGAGACGAACUUUGACAAGCAGCUGCGAGGGGGUGGGGUGUACGCGAUGUGCACACGCGUCGAUAACGCGCUGCGUCUCCAAACCUGCAUCACCGCGCAGACGCUUCUUGAGUUCAUCACAACAACAGCAGUUGAGCAGCCACGCACGCUCAUCUUCCAGGAGAAGAAUGGCAAGAUGGUGCAGCUGCUGGACUUCCUCGAGAGCCACGGCGUGACAGACCCACGUGAGAUGACGGUGCAGGGUCUCGGCCUGCACCCGCCGCACUACCGCAACAAGUUUCAGCAGUAUAACGUCCUCGACGUGAAUGUUAACCCCGCCGGGAAGUUUGGUGCCGACCUGCUCCAGGGAGUGCUGUCGACGAAUGCGCCUAAGGAGGGCGAUCUCUUCGGCGCCCUUAUCCGCCCAGAGUUGGAGAAGCGCGAAUUUAGGGACCGGCAGGUGGUCGCGACAGAACUGCAGCUGCCGCUCUACGGCCAGAACGCGGAGGAGCUGCAGCGGCUCGCGGCCUGGGUGCGGCGCCAAGGUUUCAACUCCUUCACGCUAAACAUGUGGACGCUGAGCAUUCCCCGCUCCGCCCCGUUGCGGGGGCCGAACGAGCAGCCUGUGACAUGCGCCACCAUUGGCGAGCAGCUGCAGAACAUCUUCUACCCGAUGAUGAUGGCCACACUCCACUCAGCAGACCCAGCGUGGGCUGACGUGGCAGCGCUGCUGCGCAAGACGGGUGCGAUUAGCAUUCUUACUGAGCGUGCCACCCGCACACAAAACUUGAUUUCUGACGUGGUGGAUCCUGACCAAAUCAAGUACGAGGACGGCGUAAGCGAUUACUACUUCUUCUAUUACGUUUGGGCAAAUCUCGCCACGCUCAACGCCCUCCGGGUGCGUUAUGGUCUCAAUACACUCAACUUCUGCCCCUCCGUCUUUGAGGCGGCACCGGCGUACGACCAGUUGGUCUCAAGUUUCCUGCUAGGAGACGUAGUGUACCACGCCAGCUCGCUGGAGAAGAGCUGGAUCAUGCAGUAUCUGUUUAUGUACUGCCGCAUUGGGGUGGUGCUGUCGCCGCUGCGUGACAAUGCUCUUUCAAUGCCGUACUUUGAUCAUCCUAUUAUGCGCUACUUUGCUCAAGGGCUGUUGGUAUCGAUAACAACCUCGGAUCCAAUGUACUUCCACCACUCCUCCAACCCGCUUUUGGAGGAGUACGCAACACUGAUGAAGCUGCACUCUCUCGCCCCAAUGGACGUCUGCGAGCUUGCGCGCAACAGUGUUCUGAACAGCAACUUUCCAAUUGAAAUGAAGCGGAAAUGGUUGGGUGAUAACUUCCAGGUAGUUGGAAGUCAGGGAAAUGAUAUUCGGCGUUCUGGUGUGUGCGAUUACCGUCUGGAGUUUCACCACGAGUGUCUGCUGCACGAAGAGACAGUGCUUAACCUCAUUCUUUCGCAAGUGGCCAAGGAAGGGCAACAGCCUCUCACUUUGUGCAUGGUACCAGCCGCAACCAUGGGUCAAAGAAUGGCAGAAGGGGGGAAUCGCUUCCGUAACAAGCGUCGCAUGAAUUACACAGAUUGGCGCACUGCUUAUCCGCGUAUUGACAUCGUGGGCGGCACGCAGCAGACUCGCGCCACGGAGGCGGUGGAGCUCCUUCGCCACGUUAUUUCUCUUCGCAAGAAGUACAUAGCCUCUCGUGUAAUGGAUGUGGAUGUGCAGGUAGAGGACGUGUUUAACAACUCCAACUUUGACGAGUCCAUCUGGGAGUACAACAACUACUAUGGCGUGUUCCUCAUCUCUCGAACAGGCAAAUCACCACCGUGGCCAAGUUUCAUUCCACCCAUACGGGAAUUCAUUCGCGAUGUGACGACUGUACGAGAGGCGGUCAUGGGCCACGGAAACUUGCGGAAUUUGGUGGUACAGCAGCUCAAACUCCUUGAGCGUAAAUUCCUACUACAUCUCUCGUUGAGCAUAUCCAAGGAGGCUGGUGAGAAGGAGGAGAAGGAGUGGAAUAACCGUGACUUCUUUACCGCGCACAAGGUGGACACCAACGUGCAGACGGCGGCUGGUAUGAAUGCCCGCACACUGCUAGAAUUUUUUGUUGAAAAGGCUCUUCAUCAUGGCCACGAUGUAGUGUUUGAAGAGGAUAAUCAACCGGUAACGUUGCGACAACUGUUGGAGCGGUACAAGGUCAAUGCCUCACGUAUUACGGUGGAUGAACUGAACCAUCUCAUCAAUGCGAACCCGCACAUACAAAAUACAUUCCUAGCUGUGGAUAAUUUCAUGAAGGGACGCUAUUUCGCUGAACUCACCAAACGUACACUGGGAUUGUACCAAGAGGAUGCCUUCAGCUUUUCUGAGAAUCGUCUCGUCAUUAGAGGCAAUUCCAAGAAUGAGUGGUAUAAGCUAGCACACUGGUUCGAUCGAUACGGCAUGGCGAGCCCACAGAAUCGGUGGAUGGUGAGUCUGCCGCGACAAUACCGCCGCCUUCGGCAACAGGGAGUUGUACGGAACUUUGGCGAGUACUUGGACAACAUUUUCCAACCACUGUGGGAAAUAAGUCUGCACCCUGCGAAGGACACGAAGUUCCACUACUUCCUUACACAUGUGUCUGGCAUGGACUGCGUGGAUGAUGAGUCGAAGAUUGAUAUGCCACUCCGCGGGACAUACCCUCAUGACUGGGACAGCGAUCUCAACCCGCCGUACAACUUUUAUCUUUACUACUAUUGGGCGAACAUCGCAACAUUGAAUGAGUUCCGUGCAUCCCGUGGCCUUGGCACGUUUACCUUCCGCCCGCAGUGCGGCGAGCUCGGUGGUGUCGAUCACCUAAUUGGUGGCUUCCUCCUCGCUGACGGCAUCAAUCAUGGCGUGACGUUGAGUCAGUAUCCCGUAUUAGAGUACAUGUAUUACAUCACCCAGGUGGGUGUGGCGAUGUCCCCGCUAAGUAACACUGCAGGGGCCUCGGCGUAUUUGUCGAACCCGUUUCCGCUUUUUUUCCGUCGUGGGCUCAAUGUCAGUCUCGCGACGAACAAACCGCUCUACUUCCACUUCACUCGUGAGCCGCUGAUUGAGGAGUACUCGAUCGCUGCAAAGCUGUGGCAGUUUGAGUUCAACGACCUCUCUGAGAUUGCACGCAACAGCGUCCUUCAAAGUGGCUUUCCUUCUGCGUGGAAAGAGAACGCCCUCGGGAAACUCUACAACCUCCGCUCCACACUUGGGAAUGAUGCGCGUAAGAGUCGCGUCUCCGACAUCCGUGUCGCGUACCGUUACGAGGUGUAUCACAGUGAACUUGACUUCCUUUCAGAUCAGCUUGCAGCAGGACGGGAAAUGCCACGCGCGAUGCGGUUGUUGGAGGAGGAGGUAGCCAUCUACGAGGAUGUGAUGCAGACCAAAGUGGCCAUGCCGAAAGCAGGCGGGGAGGAGGACGGGCGCGAGAACGAGGGCCACACCCCGGGUGCCCGCGCGGCGCGGGUGAAGGCGGAAAUCGAUGCGUUGGAACGUGAAGUGCAGCGCAUGAAGGUUCUCACUGCGCACGUUGGAAGCCAGAACAGCUACAUUGUGGAGGCCUUCAACCGUGUUCGCUCACGGCUGAUGGCGGAGGGCCUCGUCGUGAUGGGGAACCUCGUCAAGUCUGCGGGGGACCGCGGCGGGGAUGCGGAGCCGUGCAACGGCACUGGCGACCCCGAAAAGGAGAACGGCGUGCAUUCUUAG